CUUUUCCACAAAUAGUCUGUUACAUUAUUUCAACAUUAUGCAACGUCAUGCUUCCAUCAUACGACGUGGUAUACACUCAAUAAGCACUCAUAACCCAUUUCAUUGUCAUAAUCGUCACUAUCAACAACAACUGCAGCAAUAUUUAUAUUUAUACAGUCAAAGACGAUCACUCUUGGCCCUGGCACGUCGCUCCCACAUACAGCAUUACUCGACUUCGUCUGAUCAUCAACCACGUACACAUUUUGCUCUUCCAUUUUUAACACAACCUGAAGAAGAAGAACAAGAUUUAGAGGAACGGAAAAAAUAUCCCAGAAAAACAGCAAGCGACAUUAGCCACUUGACUCAACCACCAACUCGAACCAAUAUGCUUGUACGCGAUUUCAUUGAUGACUCUCUUUACAAUCCAAACUAUGGUUACUUCUCUAAGCAAGCUGUGAUUUUCUCUCCUGAAAUCGAUUUUGAUUUUAAUGAAAUGCGUGAUCACUUGGAAUUCAUGAAUAUCUUGGCUCGUAUGUACCGUGAUAUUGAAGGUGAUGCCGAUGAAGUAGAUGAAAUUGCUAGACAAGUGUGGCAUACUCCUACAGAAUUAUUCAAGCCAUGGUAUGGAUAUGCUAUUGCCAAGUAUAUGGUUUCUGAAUACAAGCUCAACCUUUAUCCUCAUAAAGAUUUGAUUAUUUACGAAAUGGGAGCAGGAAAUGGUACAUUGAUGAUGAACAUUCUGGAUUAUAUUCAACAAUACGAACCAUCAGUUUACAAAAGAACACAGUACAACAUUAUUGAAAUUUCGGGUAAACUAGCAGAAAGGCAAUCAGAACGACAGGAUGUACGAGAUCUCAAGGAUCAACACCAAUGCGUCAAAAUUAUCAAUAAAAGUAUCUUUGAUUGGGAUACCUAUGUUCCAGAUCAGUGUUUCUUUUUAGGAAUGGAAGUCAUUGAUAACUUUGCUCACGAUCUUAUUCGUUAUGAUAUUGAAACAUUGAAACCAUAUCAAGGCUUGGUCAGUAUAGACAGUAAAGGGGAUUACACAGAAUUAUAUGAACCGGUUGGAAAGGAUGCGCUGAUUAAUCGAUACCUAACAACAAGAAAACAAACACGAUAUCGUAGUCCUGUAUUGGCCAAUUCAUUCUGGUACAAAUUAUUGACUUCAUUACCUUUGGCACCCAAUUUGACUGCACCAGAAUUCAUACCCACCAAAUUGUUUUUAUUCAUGGAAACUCUCAAAGAAUACUUCCCUCAACAUCGACUUGUUUUAUCCGAUUUUUCGUCCUUACCUGAUGCUGUCCCUGGUGUAGAUGCUCCAGUGGUUCAAACUCGUUAUAAAGGUACGAUGGUACCUUGUUCAACUUAUAUGGUACAACCUGGCUGGUUCGACAUCUUUUUUCCUACCAAUUGGGAACUUUUCCGUGAUAUGUAUCUCUUGGUGUGCCGCGGAUCUAGGGCUGGUAGUGACAGGAAUGUCAAGGUAAUGACUCAUCGGGAAUUCUGUGAACGAUAUGGUGAAGUGGAAAGAACAACAACUCGUAGUGGUGAAAAUCCAAUGUUAAUGUACUAUGAAAAUAUGAAGAUGUUGGUUACUUAGAAUUACUAUUAGAUUAGAUACAUUAUUCUUCCAAAUUUUUUGAUGUUGUACAAUAAAGAAAAUGAAUGUGCU